AUGAAUAUCUGUAUAGAGCAAGGGAAAUAUAUCGAAUCAUUAAAAGAAGAUUUUGACCGAGUAUAUUCCCUGGAGUCUGCUCUUCUCGAUUAUCACAGGCAACUUCCAAAUUAUAUUGGCAAUUUUUGUCUUAUCUUGAAGAAAUUCGGGUUAGAAGGACCAAUAAUAAUGCGCUCAAACUUUGAAAAGUACAGAAAGUCUUUAAUUGCUAAAAUCAUGUUGGCUCCCGGAUAUCCUGGAAAUCUUGAGAAACAGAUUCAAUAUUUGAAUACAAUGAUAAGCGAAACAUGCUGUCAAUUACUUGGUCUUGUUCAAAUUGUCGAGGAAUCAUUUUUGCCUAAUUUUCGAGGCCAAUUAAUUUCAUCUACGACAAAUGUGAAUAAUAUCUCGAAUAACGUAAAUGAAACUUACAAAAACUGGAAGAAUAUAUAUUCUGAGAUCGAAGAAAACGAAAAUAAUCUUAACAUUCAGAUCAAAAAGCUAAAGUCAAAGAAAAAUCUCAUUAAGAAACAUACUUAUGCAGUGAGAAUUUCCAAUUUAAUCAAGAAACAAAAAUAUCUAUCUAAAAAGAUCAAUAUUGCAUAUCUAAAGUUCAAUAAAACAAUUCAAGGCUCUUAUGAAUUGAUGAAAGCAUCAAACAGUGCUCGAACCAAUACAGUUAUUGAUUUUAUAGACCUUAUAUCCGAUUACUGUAUCAAUUCAAGCCAAGUUUACAAUGAUCGCUACAAAGAGAUCCAUAAACUCAAUACAUCGAAACAAUCUGAGGAUGCUUCUGUCAGUGAUCUUAUAAAUUACGCAAUUUCUCAUAAAAUAAUGAGAACAUCCGUUGGAAGUGAAUCAUAUGAACAAUAUACGUUCAAAUCCAAAGAAAUUGGAGCUUAUGUUGUUCCACCAUACAUCCCAGGACAAUUUUAUGAGCCUCCAAUAUUCACUGCUGAAGCAAUUUUGGAUUUUGACGGAGUAAAUGAAAAUGAAAUUUCUUGCAGGGUCGGACAGACGAUUUACAUAUAUGAACCGCCCAAUGAUAUGUGGACUCUUGCUUCUACUAACAAGGAAUUCCCUCAAGGAUACAUUCCUUCGCGUUGUAUUAAAAUUAAUAUACAAAGAACAGCGCUAUCUUUGAAAUGCUCCUCCUAUAAUGGAGAGUGGCUAGGAGUAUUCCCGGGAGAGUUUUUAGUUAUUGAAUCUGAAGACAAUAACUGUUAUAUUUGUCAAAAUACUUCCGGUAGAGUCGGUAAAAUAGAGAAAUCUCUUGUUAUUGUGGAAUAA